UCGUUCCCCUGAGCUGACCAUAAAACUCAAAUUCAUUCUCUUACCAAAAAAAUUAGAUAGAAGCAGCUUUACAUCAGACCUUCUUCUGCCUCAAGCACAUAAUGGCUCCUAUAUCACCGGAGAAGCUGCGCGAUCUGCAGCUGAACCCGUCAUGCGUGCGGAAUAUCUGCGUGCUAGCGCACGUAGAUCACGGCAAGACCUCGCUGUCUGACUGUCUGCUGGCAUCUAACGGGAUCAUCUCGCAAAAGAUGGCGGGCAAAGUUCGGUAUCUUGACUCACGAGAAGACGAGCAGAUCAGAGGUAUCACUAUGGAGUCUAGUGCUAUCUCUCUAUAUUUCAAGACACUCCAGCACAACUCUGCUGAUGGCACAAGCGAGGUGAAGGAGUAUCUCAUCAAUCUCAUCGACUCUCCAGGCCACAUUGAUUUCUCCUCCGAAGUCUCGACUGCCUCGCGACUCUGCGACGGCGCCCUCGUUCUCGUCGACGCGGUCGAAGGCGUGUGCUCACAGACCGUGACCGUGCUUCGUCAGGCAUACCUGGAGCACAUAAAACCUGUCCUGGUGAUCAACAAGAUUGAUCGUCUGAUAACUGAGUUACAGCUGACUCCCUACGAAGCUUAUCUGCACAUGUCGAAACUCCUCGAGAAAGUCAACGCUGUCACUGGUUCCUUUUUCGCGAGUGAGAGGAUGGAGGAGGAGUAUGAAGAGGGCCAAGAGGAAAUGAAUGACGAAGAUUUGUACUUUUCUCCCGAGGCAAACAACGUCAUCUUUGCCAGUGCGAUCGACGGCUGGGGUUUCACCAUCCAGCAGUUUGCAGUCAUUUACGAAAAGAAACUCGGCAUGAAGCGGUCAGCGCUCGAAAAAGUCCUGUGGGGCGACUACUACUACGACGCAAAGAACAAAAAAGUUCUGACUAAUAAGACUCUCAAAGGACGAAAUAUUAAGCCCUUCUUUGUCCAGUUUGUGUUGGAAAACAUCUGGGCUAUUUACGAUAGCACUAUCUUGAACCGCGACCUGGAAAAGACUGAAAAGAUUGUCAAAGCUUUGAACGUCAAAGUUCUUCCUCGGGAUCUGCGAUCGAAAGAUACACGAGUGCUACUUAAUACUAUUUUCAACCAGUGGCUUCCGUUAUCGAGCUCAGUGCUGAUUACAGUCAUCAACAAGCUGCCUGCGCCUACUGACGCUCAACGAGAUCGAGUCCCAACUAUCUUGGAGACAACGCCAGGCGCCGAGAUGAUCUCUCCCGAGCUGAAAGAGGCGAUGAUGAAAUGCGACGCGAACGGUCCUAUAUCGGCGUAUGUGUCCAAGAUGGUUGCGAUCCCGGAGGAUGAUUUACCCCGGGAUAGACAUUCAGUAAAGGUUGAAGGUGGUGAUGGUGACGAUCUGCGCGAGAGAAUCCGAAAGGCCAGAGAAGCAGCGAAUAAAGCUCACGCAGAGGCAAUGGAGCGCGAGCAGGGCCCUGUAGCUGCUGAACCGGCUGCUAGCGAUUCCUUGGCCGCUAUGCUUGCAGAACUGAAUAUGACUGAGAAUACGGAAGCCGCAGUGAAAAAGGAGGUUAUGAUUGGUUUUGCUCGGUUGUACAGUGGUACGCUGAAGAUCGGUCAAGAGCUGCUAGUUCUGGGUCCGAAAUACAAUCCUCUGUACCCGGACAGAUAUGUUACAAAAGCCACAAUCACCGACCUCUAUCUUCUGAUGGGCCGAGAGCUCGUUUCGCUGGAAACCGUCCCAUGCGGCAACGUGGUCGGCAUUGGAGGACUAGACGGAGCUGUGCUGAAAAACGCUACCCUGGUCUCUACUGCUGGCGGCGUUAAUCUUGCCGGUGUGAAUUUAGCAUCUGCGCCUAUCGUGCGCGUCGCGCUCGAGCCAGAGCGACCAAGCGAACUUCCAAAGCUUGAGCGCGGGCUGAAGCUUCUCAACCAGGCUGAUCCUUGUGUCCAGAUUAUCGUCCAAGAAAAUGGCGAGCACGUUAUUCUCACCGCCGGAGAGUUACAUCUUGAACGAUGUCUGAAGGAUUUGCGCGAACGGUUUGCAGGUAUCGAAAUUCACAGCUCUAAGCCGAUUGUUCCGUAUCGCGAGUCGAUCGUUCGGACUUCAGACAUGCAUCCGCCAAAGAAUGCAGAACUUCCCCGUGGAACAGUCGUCGUCUCUGUUGCUGGCUCGCAAGUCACAAUUAGACUUACCGUGCGACCUUUGCCAGCGGCCGUUACCGAGCUGUUGAUAAAGCACAGAAAUGCCAUUCAAAUUCUACGAAAACGUGAGCACGGUAUUGCCGACAGUGACGCCAAGAUCUCCGGGACUGAGCAAGCGGCGACUGAGGAGUCUGUGACCGACCAGGAAGAUGGGACGACUAAGGAGAGCUCUACGGGUGCUGCUGCCGGCGACUUGGAGGAUGACGACGUCGACAAUUUCUCUUCGUCAACGUUGUUGUCUCUGGAGCAGUUCCGCGCCCAGCUGACUGAGGCAUUUGCUACUGCAGACCAUGCUAGAGAUGUAUGGGAGGGCGCAGUGGAGAAAAUUUGUGCAUUUGGUCCAAAGUUCAUCGGUCCCAAUAUUCUUCUAGACAACACCCCGAACGGAUUCUCCAAACAUAUACUGUCGUCAACCGUGUCGUCGAGAACGCCAUUCCACGACAGUAUCGUGACUGCUUUCCAGCUUGCGACAACAGCCGGUCCGCUCUGUGCCGAGCCUAUGCAAGGCGUGGCGGUCUUGGUCGAGCAAGUAGAGGUCACUACAGACUCUGAAGCUUCUGGUUCUCAGCCGAUAGCAGACACAGAGGAUGAAACCGGUCUUGCUGAUUACAGAGCCGCCGUCUCUCUUGCGGCCCGUCACUCGGGCCAGAUCAUCACUGCCACUCGAGACGCGAUCCGUAAGGGAUUUUUGGACUGGGCACCGCGCAUACUGCUCGCGAUGUACGAGGUCGAGAUCCAAGCUCCAGCAGACGUCUUAGGUCGGGUGUACUCAGUGAUCGCCCAGCGACGCGGCCGAAUCGCUUCCGAAGAGAUGAAGGAAGGAACUCCAUUUUUCAGCGUCAAGGCAGUCGUACCUGUUGCGGAAUCAUUCGGACUCUCAGAAGAUAUUCGCAAGCGAUCUUCCGGAGCAGCCAGUCCGCAGCUGAUUUUUGCGGGAUUCGAGAUGUUGGACGAAGAUCCGUUCUGGGUGCCUACGACCGAAGAAGAAUUGGAGGAGUUGGGUGAGAUUGCGGAUAAGGAAAACAUCGCAAAGAAGUACGUCGAUGCGAUUCGCAAAAGGAAGGGUAUGUUUGUGGAGGAGAAGUUGGUGAAGAACGCAGAGAAGCAGCGGACGCUUAAAAAAUAAGGCAUGCAUGCAUUUUCUACACUUUCAACU